AUGGCCAACGAGCCAUUUCGCCACGAGAUCCGCACCGCAGCUCUAGCACACUCCAUCUGGCAGCCUCCGCUCGACGAAGUCACAUUUCGUCAGACAGCCGUGGAGCUCGCUCUUGCGAGCAACGAGUGCCCCGUUGAUGCAGACAUUGGAUUGAACACACCUCACGAUGAUACGUGUCUCUUCCCCGGACCUACCCCAACGCCAAAACAACCCCGCGACCAUUCGCGCUACCUUCUUUCCCUUCAUAUCGAGCACCGUCUCGCUAAUGACUUCGCACUCAUCUCGGCUACUCAGGAAGCCGUCUUCAGCGUGACCGCCGCCUGCAUCGAGGAGCAGCCUCACCCCAGCGCGUCGCAGCAUCUUGGAGUCCUCACCCUCCGCCUCGCUGCCAACGAAGGAAUAAGCGACUCUCUCAAGGCCUCUCUACUGGAGAUUUGGUCCACGCUCAGCUCUCAAGACCAAUCAACUUCCAUUCAACGCGCUGACCUGAUAUUCGACAAAAUCAUCUACCUCAACCGCACCCGCAUCCUCCAGCGUGCUCGGAAAGCAGUUGGACAUCCACCCAUCUUUCGUGAGAAAGGCCGGCUGCGCACAAACAAGGACGACAAGCUACUGCGGGCCUUUGCGCGGAUGCGAAAGGAGAAUCUGACGCCAGACAUUGGCGAAGCGUUCGUGGAGCGCGCUACGGCCCUGAAUGCGCAACUUCUGGCGCUGCUCGAGACGAUGUCUGUCGAUGAUGCCGAGCAUGCAGCACCCGAAGUGCUAACAAAGCUGGGCGCCGUAUCGAAAGCCUGCUUCAACGUGACGACAUCGUGCGGCGAGGGACAAAAGCGCCUGCCGUUCAAGCAUCUGCUGGCCGCGGCGGGUCUAGAUCAGAAGACGUGGCUGAAGAAUAAGCACGUCGUUGAGAUCGACAAGAUCGGAGCUUACUGGCGCAUCGCACAGUCGCUGGUGCAUAUAUUUCGCAAGAUCACGAAAGGAAGACCAGCGAGCUUACCGUCAUUGGAGCUGCGCAUCGAAGGUGUGCAGCCGUAUAAGUCAAUCGUCCAAGGUCCGUCCAUCCAGGGGCGGGAUAUGGCUUGUUACAUCCACGCUGAAAUACAGCUGUUGGUGCACUACCUAUCGGGGCCGGGCGAGGGACGUAACAGGGCCCAGCCAUCGCCUCCGCCACCCCGAGUCAUUGGCGCCUCAAAGAGCGCCUGCUUCUUGUGCUACCUAUGCAUCAGCUGCCACGGCGGCAUGGCGUCGCCUGCCACGCACGGGCGGCUGUACGACCAAUGGACUAUUCCAGAUCUGGCGGAAUAUACGCCCGACCAGGUCGCCGUCCUCAGGCACACGAUUGCAGCUAUGCACGAAGCCAUGCUGAGGCUCCGCGCCGCAUACAGCCUGAAGCGGCCUCGCGACUUUCCCAUGACGAGCCGCACGGACCUUGACCGGGUGUCGAUGUUCACGGCUGAAGACUCCAACCCCGCUGAGGAAGGUAUUCAGAGGAGGGGAAGCGGGAGUGUCCGCACCAGUGAAGCUGUCGAAGGGCCAGAGGCUAUCGACCACAGCGUUGCUUUGCAUCAGAUCGUCCGAACCAAUGUCUCGAGGGAUUUCCGUACCGGCAGUGCCUAUACAGGUCACCCGGGUCUCAAUGUAGGACCUGCGUCAUCGAUGCCCCUGGAGAAGGAGUGGCAGGCUGAACCACAGAAGUCGCCGUCCUGCUCGACCACGUUAAUCACGCGGCUCGGUAGCGGCCUUCGUAAAUUACUACACAUAGAGGAAAAGCAAAGCAAGAGCUGA